CUCGUCUCGAUUCGGAUCGCAUACGAUUCUUCGUUUCGUUGUUCUUCCUGUUCUUCUUCUAUCCGGAUCAAGAACUCUCCCCAUUUUUUUCCCUCGUUCUUACUCGUUAACUCCCGAUCUAACCAAGAAUAAUAAAGACGGUAAUGGCUUCGGCAGCUCUUAUUUGUGACAGUGAACCAUGGAAGGACUUGAAGGAACAUGUUAAUGUGAUAGAGAAGAAACACUUAAGAGAUCUGAUGAAUGAUGUCGAGCGGUGCCAAUCAAUGAUGGUAGAGAUUGAUGGGAUACUUUUGGACUAUUCACGGCAACGUGUCCGCCUUGACACCAUUGGAAAACUUCUCAAACUAGCAGAGGCAGCACGGCUUAGGCAAAAAAUUGACAUGAUGUACAAUGGAGAUCAUAUAAACAGUACUGAGAAUAGGUCGGUUCUGCAUAUUGCUUUGCGAGCUCCAAGAGAUAAAGUUAUUUGUAGUGAUGGAAAAAAUGUGGUACCAGAUGUUUGGUAUGUUUUGGACAAGAUUAAAGAAUUCUCUGAAAGGGUGAGAAGUGGAUCCUGGGUUGGAGCAACAGGAAAGGCAUUAAAAGAUGUUGUGGCCAUUGGUAUUGGUGGCAGCUUUCUAGGCCCAUUAUUUGUGCAUAACGCUCUUCAGACAGAUCCAGAGGCUGCAGAUUGUGCCAGAGGACGGCAGCUGAGAUUUCUUGCAAAUGUUGAUCCAGUUGAUGUGGCUCGAAACAUCAGUGGAUUAAAUCCUGAAACUACGUUAGUUGUGGUGGUUUCAAAGACUUUUACAACAGCCGAAACCAUGCUGAAUGCCAGAACAAUGAGAGAGUGGAUCUCAUCUGCUCUUGGGACUCAAGCGGUUGCAAAGCAUAUGGUGGCAGUUAGUACAAAUCUAACGCUUGUAGAGAAAUUUGGUAUUGACCCUGCUAACACUUUUGCAUUUUGGGACUGGGUUGGUGGUCGCUAUAGUGUUUGCAGUGCUGUUGGUGUGCUUCCGUUGUCUCUCCAGUAUGGUUUUCCAAUUGUUGAGAAGUUUUUAAAUGGAGCUUCUAACAUAGAUAAUCAUUUCUACUCAGCUUCAUUCGAAAGGAACCUGCCUGUACUUCUAGGUUUAUUGAGUGUGUGGAAUGUUACAUUUCUUGGAUAUCCUGCAAGAGCCAUAUUGCCUUACUCUCAGGCACUUGAGAAGUUUGCCCCACAUAUUCAACAGGUUAGCAUGGAGAGUAAUGGAAAAGGUGUAUCGAUUGAUGGUAUUCCACUUCCCUUUGAAACCGGUGAAAUAGAUUUUGGAGAACCUGGAACUAAUGGUCAGCACAGCUUCUAUCAGUUAAUUCAUCAGGGAAGGGUGGUUCCUUGUGAUUUUAUAGGCUCAAUCAAAAGUCAGCAGCCUAUAUACCUGAAGGGGGAAGUAGUGAGCAACCAUGAUGAGCUCAUGUCAAACUUUUUUGCACAGCCAGAUGCUCUUGCUUAUGGGAAGAGUCCAGAACAGUUGCUUCAGGACAGUGUACCUGACCACCUUGUUCCUCACAAGACCUUUUCUGGCAACCGACCAUCCUUGAGUCUACUAUUACCUUCCUUAGAUGCUUAUAAUAUUGGAAAGCUAUUGGCCAUCUAUGAGCAUAGAAUUGCUGUUGAAGGCUUCAUAUGGGGGAUUAAUUCUUUUGACCAGUGGGGUGUGGAGCUCGGCAAGGUCUUGGCAUCUCAAGUUAGAAAGCAACUGCACUUAUCUCGCACAAAAAGGGAGCCUGUUCAGGGAUUUAACUUUAGCACAACCACUUUGUUAACAAGAUAUCUUGAGGUGGAACCUGGCACCCCAUCUGAUUCUACUAUGCUGCCAAGAGUGUGACUUUGGAUCACUUCGCAUCAUAUAUCAUAUGCUCGUCUACCAGCUAGAAAAUAAUUCUGUGGCAUCCUCCACGGUUGUAAUCGGAGUCAGACAUGGCAUCUGAACUCACAUGUUUUGACCCUGGAUACCAUCUUACAUGGAAGCCUUGAAUUUUGAGUUUUUUUAUUCCAUGUAAUAACACCAGUGCAUCAAUUUAUUUGUGGAUCUCUGCAGAUUAGAUUA